AUGGAUUUACGCAUUGCUGUAUUAGUUUUAUGUGCACUUUUUGGGAAAGCCGUCGGUCGAUUCAGAUGCUAUGCAUGUAGUUUUUCAUCAGUGGAUUCGGAUCAAUCGUGCCUGACAAUAGGAAACAACACGAACAUCGUGGAGUGUCCAUUCACUUAUUGCACAAUUACGAGACAAGAGUUCAUAGACCCAAUAGGCGUGAUCGCAAGCUUUACACGCGGUUGCGAAAGUUUCCCGGAUUUUUUAAAUCAUGAAGUUACAGAUCCAACCUUCCGAACUUUUUAUAGAGCAUGCACAAAUGAUUUGUGCAAUAUUGGUGAUGGAAUUCAGUCUAUAGUCGGCGGUAAUUUGUCUCCGUAUCCUGCAUACACCGGCAUUAAUCUAUUAGUACCUGGGACAGGAAGCGGAGUAAAUAUCAAAAUGAAUAGAGUGUUGUUCUUUUCUGUGAUAAUGAUCCUAAUCGGGUUACAUGUUUAAAUAAAUAAUGUUCAUUUUGUUUUCUUCA